AUGUCUGGUAGUGGACGGAAGAGUGCGUAUCGUAAGGGUGUAACCAAGCGUGUAUUGUAUGGCGACCCGGAGCCGAAAGAUAACGAACUGAUUGUCCGCGUCAUAGCGCUACGAGGCAGUAACUUGUUUGAAGUCGUGGACGCCCAUGGAGACAAAUCUGUCACGAUGUUGCCGACUAAAUUUCGCAAACUUAUUUGGGUCAAACGAGGUGACUUUUUGAUUGUCGGAGAGGGUGACGGAGGAGAGACAACAACUGCUAAGGGCACGAAGGGCGCCGUAACGUCCAUUGUGGUGCACAUAUUGUAUAAGGAACAGAUUAAAAGCCUCAAGCAAAAAGAUCUUUGGCCUGUAGAAUUUGACACCUUGCUCACCGAGCAGGCAGGAACUCAAGGAGAUGCUGCUGAAAAUGACGAAGAGGACAAGGAUGGAGAAGAAGACGAAUGUGCUGAUAAACAAGCGUCUCAGGAGUCUGCAGUGUCGUCCUCGAAAGGACUAACGAUGGUGGAAUCCGGGUUUGCCCAAAUGCACGUGAACCGGAAUCGCCGCAAAGGUCACUUUGAUGACGAAGAAGAAGAAAAUAGCGGUGAAGAGUGA